AUGCAGUUGUUGAAUGGGAAGAACGAUGAUAUGAAGCUUCUUUUGGAGAAGGAUUUAAAAUCUGGUGAUCUCAGUGGUCUUCAUACAGAAUGUCUCACAGAUACAUGGAUUGGAAAGGACAGGUGGGCAUUCAUUGAUUUAAGUGCAGGUCCUUUCUCGUGGGGGCCUGCUGUGGGGGGAGAAGGAGUGCGCACAGAAUUAAGUUUACCAAACGUUGAAAAAACUAUUGGUGCUGUUGCAGAGAUUUCAGAAGAUGAAGCUGAAGAACGCCUGCAAGAUGCUAUGCAACAGAAGUUUGCUGUAUUUGGUGAUAAGGAUCACCAGGCAAUUGAUAUCCUCUUAGCGGAGAUUGAUAUAUAUGAGCUUUUUGCUUUCAAACACUGCAAAGGAAGGAAGGUUAAGCUUGCUCUUUGUGAAGAGCUUGACGAGAGAAUGCGAGAUUUAAAAACUGAGCUCCAGUCAUUUGAAGGUGAGGAUGAUGAAAGCCAUAGGAGAACGGCUUUAGAGGCAUUGAAACGAAUGGAGAAUUGGAAUUUGUUUAGUGAUACUAAUGAGGACUUCCAAAACUACACAGUGGCACGUGAUACUUUCCUUGCCCACUUAGGUGCGACAUUGUGGGGAUCAAUGAGACACAUUAUAUCGCCUUCCCUUGCCGAUGGGGCAUUCCACUAUUAUGAGAAAAUAUCCUUUCAGUUGUUUUUUAUUACCCAGGAGAAAGCCAGACAGAUUAAACUUCUACCUGUGGAUCUCAAGGCUCUCAAGGAUGGGCUUUACUCUUUGGCAUUACCUUCUCAGAAAGUGAUGAUCAGUCAACGCAUGUUACCACUUUCAGAGGAUCCUGCUUUGGCAAUGGCUUUUUCAGUGGCUAGGAGAGCAGCAGCAGUCCCACUAUUACUUGUUAAUGGAACAUAUAGAAAAACUGUUCGUUCGUAUCUCGAUUCUUCCAUUCUCCAGCAUCAGUUGCAGAGGAUGAAUGAUCAUGUUUCUCUUAAAGGGACACAUGCCCAUAGCAGGUCGGUUCUGGAGAUCCCUAUCUUUUGGUUUAUUCAUGGGGAUCCAUUAUUUGUUGACAAGCAUUAUCAGGCAAAGGCGCUCUCUGAUAUGGUUAUUGUUGUCCAGUCAGAGUCACCAUCCUGGGAGAGCCAUCUGCAGUGCAAUGGCCGGUCGCUUUUGUGGGACUUGAGGAGGCCCAUCAAAGCUGCAUUAGCUGCUGUCUCUGAACAUCUAGCAGGAUUGCUACCCCUCCAUCUUGUUUAUAGUCAAGCCCAUGAAACUGCAAUUGAGGACUGGAUAUGGUCAGUAGGAUGCAAUCCACUGUCCAUAACUUGUCAAGGCUGCGACAUCUCACAGUUCCAGUCUGAUACAAUUGCUCGGAGCUAUAUAUUAACAACACUUGAGGAGUCGACACAACUUGUCAAUUCAGCUAUUCAUCUUCUAGUUAUGGAGCAUACUUCUGAACAGACUUUCAAGAUCUUCCAGGCCCAGGAGCGUGAGUUGGUGAACAAGUACAACUAUGUUGUUAGCUUGUGGAGAAGAAUUUCAACUGUCACCGGAGAACUACGCUAUGUGGAUGCCAUGAGACUGCUAAAUGCUUUAGAAGACGCAUCCAAAGUAUUUGCUGAUUAUGUAAAUGCAACUCUGGCCAGUCUCCACCCAAUUCACUGCACCAGGCAGAGGAAAGUUGAGGUUGAGUUUGACAUGACAACAAUUCCUGCUUUCUUGGUAGUUCUUUUAGUUCUCUGGAUUGUGUUGAGACCAAGACGACCGAAGCCUAAGAUUAAUUGA